AUGUGGGGGUCUGCAGGGGUGGUGGCCCGCUGGAGUCCGUACCCGGUCAUGGCAGGCCCGCUCUCCGCCACGGUUCGCGCCGCAACCCGCCGACGACUCAUCCCCCAGCGUGUCGCUCUGGUGCUGACGCAAGCGGCAGUGAAGAAAGUCCGAACAAUCAUGGAUAGUCGACCCGACAUGAUCGGGCUUAAAGUCGGCGUCCGCACGAGAGGAUGCAACGGACUGUCGUAUACCAUCGAGUACGCCAAAGAGAAAAACAAGCAAGACGAGGUGGUGGUUCAGGAUGGCGUGACCGUAUUGAUCGACAAGAAGGCACAACUCACCCUUCUAGGAACAGAGAUGGACUAUCAGGAAUCGAAACUAGCUUCAGAAUUUGUCUUCCACAACCCAAACAUUAAAGGGACAUGUGGCUGUGGAGAGAGUUUCUCGCUAUGA